AUGAAGUUAAUUAAAUUUAAAGAUUCUCAUAAAAGGAAAAUAGUUUUAAGUAAAAAAAAAAAAAAAAUAAAUAAUAAUUUUGACAUGCAAAAGGAAGAAGAGAAAAAAGAAUACAAUAAUUACGUUACAACAAAUAGAAGAAGCACUAGACUAAUACAUCUAAAUUAUGAAAGAACAAUCUUAGAAAAAAAAAAUAAAUAUAAUAAAAAUGAAAAACAAAGUGAUAAAAAGAAACAUUUGAAUAAUGGUAAAAUGAAUGAUUCUGUAAGUAAUUAUAAAAAGGGAGAAUUAUCAAAUCGCAAUAAAGAUGAGACAUCAAAUAACAAUAAGGAAAAACCAUCAAAAAAUAAUAAAAGAAAAACGUUCAAUAAAAGUAAUGGAAUUUUGUCUAUUAGAAAGAAAAAAAAUAUAUUAGAAAGUAAUAAAAGAAAUGUAUUAAAUAAUAAUAAAAUAAAAACAGUAAGCGAUAGUAAAGAAAAAAUUCAAAAUGACAAUAAUAAAAAAAGGAAAGUAAAAAUUGAUAAAAAAAAAGAAAUCAAUUAUACCAAUAAUAGAAUAAAAAAACAAAUGAGAAAUAAAUCAAAAAGCAAAAAAAUAAACAAAAAAAUAAUUGAUAAAAAAGCAACGAGUAAAAAAAUUAGUAAGAAAAAAGUCAUACGCAAAGACCUCUUGAAUUUGAAAAGCAGUAAUACAAAAUAUUUUAGAGAUUCAAAAAAUAAUAUUCAAAAAAAAUAUUCAAAAAAAGUAAAUUCUGGAGUUUUAUUAAAUAAAGGAGAAAUCAAUGUAAGUUGUUUAUCUAAAUUUAAAAUAAAAAAAAAAAAUGUUUAUGAUGAUAGAGUUAAAAUAUUAAAUAAAGAUAAAAAUGUAUUGCAAAAAUGUGAUAUUAUUACAAAUACAGAUUUAAGUAAAAAAAUUAAAAAAUCCAAUGAUUGUUUUUUGGAAGAUAAUUUCUUACAGAAAAAACUAAAAAAAAGAAAAUUAACAACAGUAACUAAUAAUAAUAGUAAUAAUAAAAUUAAAGAAAUAAAUAAAUUCAUAAAAGAAUUUAUAAAAAACAAUAAUUUAAAUAAAAAUUAUUUACAUAAUAAUAAAUACAACAUAUAUAGCCAUGGUAAAGGAAAUGUAUUUUACUAUUUAGAAAGAAUAAAUUAUAAUAAAGAAAAAAAAAGUACAAAUAAUAAAAUAAAGUUAAAUGUUAUAUCAGAAAUAAUAAAAAUAAAAAAGAAAAAAUUUAUAAUAGGUUCAUCAAAUAAGAAAUGUGAUUUAGUUUUGAAAGGGAAUAUUGAAAGUGAACAAUGCGAAUUAAUAUGUAAAUGUGUAGAAAAAAAUAUAAAUAAGUCUAAUGAUAAGGAUAGACAAAUAAAUAAAUAUAAUUUAUUUAUUAUUAAUAAGUCAUCUAGUAAUAGUACAAUAUUAAAUGAUUCUAUUGUAAAUUUAGAACAGAUAAAAGAUGAAGACAAUAUAUUUUUAGGAAUAGACAAUAUAUAUAAUAAAAAUAAUGCUAAAUAUAUAUAUAAAGUAAAAUAUAAUAAAACCGCUAAUAUUUUUAAUUCAAAUAAUUUAUAUAAUUAUAAAGAUGAUAAUGCAAAUAUUACAUCUGAUAAAAAAGAAAAAGGGAGAGUAAGUAAAAUAGUGUCAAGCAAUUUUUCCUUAAAUAAUCAAAAUGGAAGAAUAACAAAUUCUCUAGAAAAAGAAGAAUCCAAUAUAACUAUAUUAAUAUUUCUUAUAAUUGAAAAUAAUUAUAUUUUAAAUGAACCAGUACAUCAUAUAAAUUAUGUAAAUUGCUUUUCUAUUUUAAAUAACACUCCUAAAAAAAUUUUAGAAAAUGAAAAACCUUCAAAAAAUACUCCAUCUGUUAGUAAAAUGUUAAAAGAAGAUUCUCCUAAUACCAAAUUUAAUGAAAGUUUUCAAAAGAUUAAUAGUAUUUGUCAGAGUAGAAUAUCCCCACUAGGUAUAAAAGACUCAAUUAAAAAAGAAGAAAAAAUAAAAAGAAUCUUAAAACAUUCAGAUUAUUCUAAGGAACUUCCAGUAACAUUACUAAAUGCUUGUGCUGAAUUAUGUAAAGAAAUAAAUAAAAGUGUAUCAAAAGAUAAUCCUAAAUUAAGCAAUUCUAUUCAUAAAAGUACCCUCUCUAUGAAUAAUAGCUUUACACCACCAAAUUACAUUAAUCAUUCUAAUAAAAAAGAAAACAAAAAUGAUCAAUAUUUAGAAAAAGAUCAGAGUCAUUUAUAUGGCAUAAAAAAUAUGAAUAACAUAUAUAAUAUAUUCCAUAGUAAUUUUAACAGUAAUAAUUAUAAUGAGAAAAAAGGUGAGGAUAACAAUAGAAUUGAUAAUAAUUGUAAUAAUAAUGAAAUUAAUUCUAAUAAAGACGAAGGAAAUUAUAAUAAUAAAUUUAACACUGAUCAUCAUUAUAAUAGUUGUAAAGAUAAUAGUAAUAAUAAUAAUAAUGAAAACAAUAAUAAUAAUAAUGAAAACAAUAAUAAUAAUAAUGAAAGCAAUAAUAAUAAUAAUGAAAGUAAUAAUAAUAAUAAUAAUAAUAAUAAUAAUAAUAAUGAAAACAAAAAUGAAUAUAGUAAUAAUAAUGAAGGCAAUAAUAAUAAUGAAAACAAAAAUGAAUAUAGUAAUAAUAAUGAAAACAAAAAUGAAUAUAGUAAUAAUAAUGAAGGCAAUAAUAAUAAUGAAAACAAAAAUGAAUAUAGUAAUAAUAAUGAAAGCAAUAAUAAUAAUAAUAAUGAAGACAAAAAUGAAUAUAAUAAUAAUAAUGAAAACAAAAAUGAAUAUAAUAAUAAUAAUGAAAGCAAUAAUAAUAAUAAUGAAAGCAAUAAUAAUAAUAAUGAAAACAAAAAUGAAUAUAAUAAUAAUAAUGAAAGCAAUAAUAAUAAUAAUGAAAACAAAAAUGAAUAUAAUAAUAAUAAUGAAAGCAGUAAUAAUAAUAAUGAAAACAAAAAUGAAUAUAGUAAUAAUAAUGAAAACAAUAAUAAUAAUAAUAAUAACGAAAACAAAAAUGAAUAUAGUAAUAAUAAUGAAAGCAAUAAUAAUAAUAAUAAUGAAAACAAAAAUGAAUAUAAUAAUAAUAAUGAAAGCAAUAAUAAUAAUAAUGAAAACAAAAAUGAAUAUAGUAAUAAUAAUGAAAACAAAAAUGAAUAUAAUAAUAAUAAUAAUAGCAAUGAUUUUAAAACAAUAAAAAGUCUAAAUGUCUAUAAUGAAAGUAUUUUAAAUGAUAAAAUAGAUAUUAAUGUAUAUGAAGAAAAAAAAGUUAGUUUGAACAUUGAUGAAAAUAUAAAAUUUUCACAAAAUAAUAAUACUGUUAUACAAGAAAAUAACUUUAUAGAUAAAACAUCAUUAAAAGGUAAAAACGAAGGAGGUGUAAAUAGCGAAAUGAAUUAUGUGAAUAAAAAUUGUGAUGAACAUAAUAGUGUUCAUUUACAGCCGACUGAUUUAUAUUAUAAAGUAAAUUAUGAAGAUAUAUAUUUUAAAAAAAACACGAAAGCUGAAGAAAAAGACGAGUCAUAUAUUGAUAUGGAUGAUAAUUUAUAUGUAUCACCAGUAAAAAAUGGGAUAAUCAUAAAUAGUAAUAAAUCUGUAUUUUAUGAUUGUAAGGAAGAAAAAGUUGGUGAUUUAACUCCUCAUAAAAAUAAAAAUAAAGAAUAUUUAAAACCUUAUGAACCCAAUGAAUUUUUAAAAACUUCUCAAAAAAAUUUAUUUUCAUUUUUAUAUUCAAAAAAUAACGAAAACAUCUCAAACAAUAAUUUUAUUUUAUGUUUGAAAAACGAAGAAGGAAAGGAAAAAUAUGUAAAAGUAAUAGGAGAAAUAAAAGUGAAAAGAAAUGCUAAUUUUUCAAAUAUAAAGCAUAACAUAGAUGUAAAACUAUUGGAUAAAACAAUUGAAUUUAAAACUUUAAAUAAUAAAAAUGAUUUUAAGUAUGAAGAUAUAUCGACAAAAAAAUAUUCUAUCCAUUUGAAUGCUUUUUCUGAUAAAUUAGAUGAAACAAAAUUUAAUGAAUUUUCUGCAUUACAUUUGGAUUAUAUUGACAACACUAAUUUUUCAGAUUUAGAUACACUAGAAUCAUUUGAAUUGAAAAAAAUGUUAUUUAUAAAAUAUGAAGAUCAGUGA